AUGUUUCAAAUCAACUGUGUGAAACGUAUCACCAAGAAAGAUCAUUAUACGGCAUAUAGCCAGAAUAGCAAUAUUCAUUCUGAAAAUAUUUUUUUCUCCAUCGGAUGUUUAAACGUUAUUACUGAAAAUUACAUAUCUACUUAUUUUACUCCAGGUUUACCGUACAUCAGAACUAUUCCAAAAGUAACAGCAGUUGCUGGGGAGACAUUACGUUUAAAAUGUCCAGUUGCUGGAUACCCAAUAGAAGAAAUAAAAUGGGAACGAAGUGGACGUGAAUUACCGGACAAUCUUCGGCAAAAAGUUUUACCUGAUGGCACUUUGGUGGUAUCAAGUGUACAGAAAGAAUCAGACACUGGAACUUAUACUUGUUGGGCUAGAAAUAAGCAAGGACAUAGCGCUAGAAGAUCUGGAGAUAUCACAGUAAUAGUUCCCCCGAAAAUUAGUCCAUUUACGGCAGAUCGUGAUCUUCACCUUGGAGAACGCACCAGCUUUACUUGUUCAGUCACAAGAGGCGAUCAGCCAGUGAGAAUCAGCUGGUUGAAAGAUGGCCGCCCUUUAGGACCCUCUGAACGGGUGUCCAUCACCAAUGUUGAUCAGUUUAAUAGCAUACUGAUGAUUGAAAGUUUAUCUCCAGAUCAUAAUGGGAAUUAUUCCUGUGUUGCUUCUAAUCCAGCUGCAGAGGUAUCACACAUGCAGCAACUUGUGGUUCAUGUACCCCCUAUAAUUGAGCCAUUUAACUUCCAAGAGGGACUUUCUGAGGGAAUGCGGACUCGGACGGUGUGCGGGGUCGCGGCAGGUGAUCAACCCCUCACAAUAUCCUGGCUCAAAGAUGGCCAUAGUCCUUUUCAAUUAUCACCAAAAUCUUUAUCCGAUACUAGUAUUUCCCAACUAGAUUCCUAUUCCAGUCUUCUCAGUUUGUCGAACUUGGCAGCUGAGCAUUCAGGCGACUAUACCUGUGUCGCCGCGAACCCCGCCGCUGAGGUCAGGUACACGGCCAAGCUUCAGGUAAAAGAUGCUGAUGAAAAACAUUAUAUGCAUGAAUCUUUUACUAUUAGAUGUUCACCGAUUUUAUAA